ACGUGUAAGAAAGUACACAAAUCAUCCCAAAUCCGGUAUAAAUCCUUCUGAUAAUUUUGAAAUCGAAGCUAAUCAACCUUCAGAAUCUUCUGAAUUUACUACUAAAGAAGAUGAAGUUAUAAGUGAAUCCGAUGAUAGUAAAUCUGAUGAUAAUAGUGAUUUUGAAACAUUUGAGGAUUAUGCAUCACCAGAUUAUGAGCCAUUUCAAGAUCCACCAAGUACAGAAUCAAUUGAUGAUGACCAAUUUUUGUGGAUAUUAAUUUGGAUCAUAUCAUUUCGGACAAGAUUCAACAUUACAGAGUCUGCAACUGAGGCUUUGAUAAAAUUUAUGAAAUUGGUUUUGACAGAAAUCGGAG